AUGCAGGCCACGGACGAGCAGCACGCGAUCCUGACCCACUUUGCCGACACCGCCAACAACCUGGUCAUCUCGGCCGUUCCCGGCAGCGGCAAGACCACGACGAUCUCGCUGCUGGCCAAGGCCUUCCCCGAGCGCUACUUUCUUGUGCUGUCCUUUGGCCGCAACCUGCGCGAGGAGACCGUCCACAAGUUCAACCAGCUGGGUCUGCGCAAUGUCCAUGUCUGCACCGUGAACAGCUCGACCACGGACUACUACCAGUUCCUGUCCCCCAACGCCAUUGCCCUCGACCAGCUGGUGCACAUGCCCGACCGCAUCAUCACCCCGCCCAAGGCCGUCGAUGUCUUUGUCGUCGACGAGUGCCAGGAUCUCGACGAGGGCCUGAACCAACUUACCAAGCAGCGCCCGCUGCAGCUCGUCUUCCUGGGCGAUCCGCUGCAGGCCAUCUACGGCUACCGCGGCGGCGACGCCCGAUAUCUGACCAUGGUCUCUGAUAUCUACCCGGACCGCCAAUGGGGCCGCUUCGGCCUCUCCGUCUCGCACCGGCUGACCGAGGGUGUGGUCGACUACAUGAAGCAGCACAUCACCGGCAUGGAGAAGGAGAUCAUCAAGCUGCACGACCACUUCAGCGUUGCCUACGACGACAUUAUUAUCUUGGCCAACUCCACCAAGCUCGUGCAGUACAACCGCCCCACCACUGUGGGCGAGCUCGACCAGCAGCUCACUCUGCGCCGUAUCCCCCUGUUCAUUGCCGGCGAUCUCGCAGAGUCCAAGCUCGAUUUGCAGCGCGGCAAGCUCCGGAUCAUGACCUUCAUCCGCUCCAAGGGCCUGCAGUGCCGCCACACCUUCCUGGUCGACUAUGGCACCAAAAAGUUCCGAUACGAGCCCCAGCUGCCGACUUCUGUCUUUGUUGCCAUGACCCGAGCCACGGAUACUCUCGGCCUUCCAGCGGUUCAGAUGGAGCUGAAGCGCAAGCGAGAGGAGCUGAUCACCGACCGAGCCGACAAGGCCGCCAAGCAGCCCAAGACCAAGAAGAUGCUCUCGGUUGGCCAGCUGCUCUCACACCUCCCCCAACGCCAGAUGAUCGAUGCCUUCCGCUCGGUCAACAUCCGCACGGUCUAUGAGGAGAGCUAUCGCAUCAAUAUCCGCAACCAGAGUACCCAGGAAUACAACGGCAUCCGCCUCCACUGA